AUGUAUGCUAUGUGUGUAUGCAUCGAGAAACCUGUUCUACCACCAUCACCAGCACACAGCAUCGCUUUGACGCAUACACAGCGACACAACGACGACGAUGAUCAUAAUGGUGGCACAACAACGUAUAACGACGACGACGACGACGAUGGCUGGGACAGCAGCAAUGGUGGUGGUCGAAGCGAAGCGCCUCGCCUCUGUCUCGGCCAUCAUCGUCGACCAUAA